AUGGCGCAGAGCUGCGUAUCGCUGGCCACUUCCACUCAGUGUUCUGCCUUUAAUGCAUCCUCAAUAUCCACCGAUUCCACUCUGACCGGCUUGUUCCCAUUCCUUGCUGACGUAUCGGACACGGCAUCAUUCGACCAACACUUGGAGGAUUACGUCUCCGGCAGCUUUGUCCAACAGAGAUACGAAAACCUCUUGGGUUGCACAAACAUCAACCUCGAUAACACGACAGACGUCUAUGCAAGAUACACCACUAGCGUAUUGUGUAAUGCCAUUGUACAGAAUUCUAUAGACGCAUGUAAUCUGACGUCCGACGCGUCAAAGCCACUAUGCGCCGAUACUUGCGCCGACUAUGCGAUCAGUGAGCAAAAGAUUGUCGCCAGCUCCGAACUCUGUGGGGCCAACAGCUCUAAUAUUAACACGCAAAUCCGUGCCGACUUUACAAACUGCGCGCUUCCGGCCGACUCUUUAACUGGUUCUUGCAUCCACGGCAUUGUAAACGAGCCGGACAACUGCGGGUAUUCCUCGAAUCUUGUCGGACUCUGCAGCUACUGCGCCUCGAGCUCUCCUAACUCCACGGACUCUUGCUGCAUCAAUUCGGAAGUCGAUUCGCGGUGUGAAGAUGUCACUCUUCCAACGACGAGCACCAUGGCCCCGCUUUUCCCUAGUUCGACAUCAAGCAGCGGGUCUUCUGCUACUGGCGAUUCGAAAGACGGUGAGGCAGGUCAUGGCCUGUCGGCUGGUCAAAUUGCCGGAAUCGUCAUCGGAUCUAUCUUGGGCGCUGCGCUUCUCCUCAGCUUGAUUAUCUUCGCUUGUUUGCUUAUGCGCCGUAGGCGCAAUCAACAAGCCGAGAGCAUCUUCAAUCGCCCUUCGCCUUCCCGCGGCACUGCAGUUGCUCCAAUGUCUUACGCCGACGUUCCCCCUCCAAUGCCACCACCCACUGGUCGUGUGGCCCGUAUGUCUGCGCUUGAAGACACGUCGAGCUCUGACCAUUACGACGGCCCUGUUGGAGUAGGCACUUACCACCAUCAUGGCUCGGAUGGAUCCACAGAUAGCCCUCGGUCCAGAACCGGACGCAGCGCCGUCGUGGCUGCCGGUCGUCUGCCUAAACGUGAAGGAUCUUUGUCAAGCGCCUCCAGACUAGCCAUCGGUAAUGAUCCCUCAUCACCUGAGUCUACGAGCAACGAGGAACACUAUUCACCCGAUGGCGUGAACAGUGGGCAAUCAGAGCAACUGCCGUUCUUCAAGGAUUACUACUCUCAGGAUGAGAUCAAGCCGAACGACAUCGUAGCAACACUCUGGGCCUAUCAACCGCGCGCAAACGACGAGUUUGAGCUUGAGCGUGGUGACAUGAUCAAGGUGGUUGGUAUCUGGGACGAUGGUUGGGCGACGGGUGUAAAGCUUCAAGAGACGGCAGAUGAUUGGGACGAGAGCAGGAAGUGGCAAAGGGACAGCGGGAUGUCUAGCGGAAGCCGACACCCCAACGCAGCACUGAAUGGGGAGAUCAAGGCCUUCCCGCUUGUUUGCGUGUGCCUUCCCCAGCACUGGAGGAAGACCAUUGAGGGCGAUUCCCCCGACGCCGCCAUGCUUAACAGUCCUUGA